AUGGCAUCAACAUAUACAUCUAAAGUUGCAAAACAUUCUAUGGACUAUAUAUUUGAAAAGGGCAGAGACUACAGUUACAGAUGCAGUGGAGUAAAUAGCAUGGGAGCAACAUGUUGUAAAAGAGAAGGAAAAUCUGAAAGAUUGGAUUCUUUCUUUGCACAAAGACAUCUUUUCUAUGAUGUUGUUAUGCAAGGAAUAUAUUACUGGUUAAACCGGAUUCCUAGAAUGACAAUGGGAGUUAUGCUCGGUGUUUCUUCAGAAACUAUAAGAUAUUUCAUUGCUAAUAUUCACCAAUUGAUUCAAAUGGAUUUAACAAACAAUGAUAUAAGAAUUGAACGUAUUGAUGCCAAUAGUCAAUCCAUUAUUAGAGAUGCUGCAACUUUCCUUCAAGUGAUAAAGAAGCAUGUAAAGCCCAAUAGCAUUAUUCACACAGAUUGCUGGGCUGCAUAUGGGGGGUUGACAUCAGUAGUUGAUAUGAACUAUACUCAUAGAACAGUCAAUCACAAUGUUAAGUCUGUGGAAUGGAAUAAUAAUGAACUGCAAGGCCAGAUUGCGAACAAAACAAAUGGUGCCAUAGAUGUUGAUGGAAUUCUUAAGGAGAAAAAAUAUGAGAACAGAUUGUGGCAAGGAAUACUAAAGACGUUAACUGAGGUUUCUUUUAGAAGCAUUGUUGACAACCCAAUAUUUACAAAUUAUGACUAUUUAGAAGAUGAUAAAGAUGAAGAAUAUAGUGAUUCUACAAUGAUAGUGCAAAAUGUAUACCGCUAG